ACCGCCUUGGAGCUGUGGGCGGAUUUCCUCUGACUUUGCCAACUGGUUACGCUUCAUUGAAUUAGCUCCACUUGACCAAUAUAGUGAAAAUGUGUAAGUCAUUUGUAAGUUAGAGAACAAAUGAGAUACAUUUGAAUGAAUAGUCGUUAAUCAUCAGAGGCAGCACUUGGAGGGCUGUAGGAUGGAUAUCGUACGCCGUGUGUAAUAGUGACAGUCACUUCAGUACAGGGAUCGUAUGCGGGCGGUUGUGGUUGUGUGUCCCAUACAUUAUCAUGACACAUAUAUGUGUAUCUAACCUGUGAUUUCUGUGUAAUUUCUCCCUAGACAUGUUUUUGUGUCUUUAUGGAUGACAGUCAUCUUAUCAAAGGAGUUGGUUAAAUUCUGUGGUAUCUCGAUUUUUUAAAGGAUUUACGAGUUUUAAACUGUUCCAGACCCGGGGGUCAUGUCGGAUAUGAACCUGACAAACGAGACUCUCCCCGGGGGUGAGGGGGACUACGAUGAAGAGAGAUACAAGUUUAUUCUCAAAGCUUGUUUUAUAUUUGGAAUUAUGAUAUUUACGAUUGUCGGGAAUGUGUUAAGUAUUGCUGUGAUUUUGCGUACCAAAGUUCUUCGGACACCUAGUGGGAAUUUCAUCAUCUCCCUAGCGGCUGCUGACCUUAUGGUAGGGGCCUGUGUCGUCCCCUUUUCCUUCAUAUCAGCCUCUCAGGGCAGGUGGAUAUUCUCUAACGAAGUUUGUACGGUUGUGGGUUUCCUCCAAUUCUACUCCACCACGUUGUCCAUAUCUAACUUGCUAGUUCUGACCAUUGACCGAUGGAUCUCGGUGACCAAACCUUUAAAAUACACCCGGCUGAUGACCAACAAAGUGUCAUAUGCGUGCAUCGCAUUCAUCUGGAUUGCAGUAUUCCUCAUCGACAUUCCAAUGGUAUUUCCGGCAGUGGGCCACUUCCGUGACAUGCGCAAAGUGUAUAUAUGUAGCCCGCAAUGGCGGACAAAUUUGGCGUACACCUUUGUGUUGAUAUCUGUAUAUUUACUGCCCUCGUUCACAUUGGUCCUUGUGUUGAACCUAAGACUGUUCUGUCUCUCACGUAAACACCGUCGCAGCUUGAAUGUCCUUGAACGACAAACUCAGUCAGGAAAGGAAAUAUCAUCAGUGAAAUCCAAAAUUGUUAUCUUCACCAUUGUACUGACGUUCGAAAUUUCCUGGAUGCCGUAUUUUGUAGUUGAGAUAAUUCGGCUGUUUAAUUUAGCUGUUGUGCACAAUGAUAUCACGUUCAUAGUAUCAUGGAUUGCAGUAUGUAACAGUUUCAUGAACUCUGUGAUCUACACUUGUUUGAACAGAAAAUUCCGUGAAGGGAUCAGGAUUAUCUUUAGAUGUCAGAAACAACCCGACUACAUACUUAACAGGGAGAGUCUAUUAUGACAGAGGUCCAUUCGGGAGAAUGAUAUCGACAGCCCGAAUCUCUGAGGUGUUUGCUGAUAGCUGUUUUAAUUCGUGCAUUCACACCAGCAAGCGAGCUUAUGAUCUAAUAAUAGUUUUAUGUGUUUCGAAUUCGAUUAGCUGUUUUGGAGAUGUCUGAGCGAUUAUAACGCCUAAUUCCCAAGGGAUGCCCUCGAAUGGAUAUAACGUGGACUUUGUCCCGAAUUUAGUUUCGAUUCUCU